AUCGAAUCGAAAAUGUCUAGCCUGGUCGCGACAUUGCCUUCGCCGUCGUCAGCGCCGAGAUCCGCCUCAGACUUCUUCUCGGAUCCAUACGAAUCACAUCCUCCAUGGUUCAAGCCUUCCCUCUUCCUUUCCCCUAGCUUCGACUCCGAGUCCUACAUUUCAGAGCUCCGUACAUUCGUUCCCUUUGACACUCUCCGAUCCCAGCUCCGGUCACACCUUGCAUCCCUGAACCGCGAACUUGUUGAUCACAUCAAUCGAGACUACGCCGAUUUCGUGAAUUUGAGCACCAAGCUCGUGGAUAUCGAUGCAGCUGUAGUCCGCAUGCGCGUUCCUCUCCUUGAGCUCCGUGAGAAGAUCAAUGGAUUUCGUGGAUCUCUGGAGGUCGCGCUUUUCGCACUAAGGAAUGGAUUGCACCAACGUUCCGAUGCUGCUUCUGUCAGGGAGGUUCUCGAAUUGUUGCUCAACACUUUUCAUGUGGUCUCCAAGGUUGAGAAGCUUAUUAAAGUUCUACCAAGUACUCCUUCUGAUUGGCGAAACGAGGAUGAUAAUUCCUUGGGAAGGAGUUCUAUGAAUGUUGAAAUUCCGACGCAGCAAGAUGGUACAACCAUGAGAGAAACACAGAGCAUGCUUUUGGAAAGAAUAGCUAGUGAAAUGAAUCGUCUCAAGUUCUACAUGGCUCAUGCACAGAACCUGCCUUUCAUUGAGAAGAUGGAGAAGACUAUUCAGAGCGCUAGUGUGUUAUUGGAUGCUAGCCUGGGUCAUUGCUUCAUUGACGGGCUAAACAACAGCGACACAAGCGUCCUUUACAAUUGCCUACGUGCUUAUGCUGCUAUUGAUAACGCCAAGAAUGCAGAAGAAAUUUUUCGUACAACGAUUGUUGCUCCUUUUGUACAUAAGAUUAUUGCACAUGAAACAUCAGCUGAUGCUGCUGGAACAUCGGGAGAUGAACUUGAAAACGAUUACAAACAGAUCAAGCAUUUUAUUGCCAAGGACUGUAAAAUGCUGCUAGAAAUAUCUUCAACGGACAAAUCGGGUUUGCAUGUCUUCAACUUCAUAGCAAACUCUAUCCUGAAAGAAGUUCUUUCGGCAAUCCAGAGAGCCAAACCAGGAGCAUUUUCUCCUGGAAGGCCUACCGAGUUCUUGAAGAAUUACAAGGCAAGCUUGGAUUUCCUGGCACAUCUUGAAGGUUAUUGUCCGUCAAGGUCUGAUGUAACUAAGUUUCGAGCUCAAGCGAUAUGUACCGAAUUCAUGAAGCAAUGGAAUGUGGGAGUGUACUUUUCACUGAGGUUUCAGGAGAUAGCUGGAGGCUUGGAUUCUGCUCUUACUUCUGCUUCUCUUGUUUUCAUUCAGGAUUCUGACUUAGAUAAACCGAGCUCCCGCAACUUAAUGCUCAGACAGAGCGUUAGUCUUUUGGAGAGCUUGCAAUCAUGCUGGAAAGAAGAUGUUCUCGUUUUCUCUGCUGCUGACAAAUUUCUUCGCUUGACCUUGCAGCUUCUUUCGAGAUAUUGCAACUGGGUGUCAUCUGUGGUGAAUACUAGAAAGGGUAAUGCCAACCCGAGUCCUGGAUGUGAAUGGGCACUUUCAGCCACUCCAGAAGAUUUUGUAUAUAUUAUACAUGAUGUAAAUUGUCUAGUCUCAGAAGUUCGUGGCGAUUACGUUGGACAUAUAUCACACUAUUUAUCUUCAUGCUCCUCUGAAGUUCUGGAUGUGGUGAGGAAGAGUAUGUUACAGGGUGGAGAAUCAUUAGAGAACGUCCUACCUUUAGUUACCGAGACAAUAAUUGAAGUCAUUGUUGAUAAAUCUGUUGAGGACCUAAGGCAGCUGCGGGGAAUAAUCGCAACAUUUAUGAUGCCUAAUAAACCACUGCCUGUUAGGCACUCACCAUACGUCAUUGGACUAUUGCGUCCUCUAAAGGCCUUUUUGGAGGGAGAUAAGGCUAGGCAUUACUUGACCCAUGAAACAAGGGAGGAGUUAUUGCUUGGCACUGUCACUGAAAUUUCCAGGCGGUAUUAUGAAUUAGCUGCUGAACUUGUUAGCGAGGCGAGAAAAAGAGAGACAGUGCUUCAGAAACACCGACAAAAUGCACAGAAACGAGCAGGUGCAGCAUCAGGUGUAUCUGACCAGAAUGUAUCUGAAACAGACAAGAUGUGUAUGCAGUUGUUUCUUGAUCUUCAGGAGUAUGGCCGAAACAUUUCUGGGUUGGGGUUAGAUCCGGCAGAUAUCCCGCCUUAUUGUUCCCUCUGGCGAUGUGUUGCACCUGCGGAUAGGCAAAACACAAUUACUUUGGCUAUUCUUAUGAAAGAUGUGCAAAUCUGCAAUCUUGCAGCUCUAGAUGGCCUUGGUUCUCAUCUCUCUCUUGGAGGUCAGAAGCUCCCUGGUACAACAUUUCAUGCCAAAGUGAAGUCAGAUAAAAGAUCCGAGCUAAGCAUUGUGCUCCAUUUUUCAUCUCCUUCACAUGAGACAAAGUCUUUGCCUAUGGUGCCAAAUGAUUCCAUCAACAGAUUUGGCGACAUGUUCCUGCCAUGUCUUCGCACAUCAAAACAGACCACAUCCGGUUGGGCGGUGCACGAAACAAACCUUGUUCUGGAUGGGCACACACUGACUGAGAUCUCUGCCUUCUGCUCCAGACCAGAUGAUCUCACUGAAGAAACAAACACACUAGAGUAUUUUGCAUUGCUUGGACAUAUCUCCAUCAAGAAAAACAAGCUUUUUCCUCUGGCGUCAUCAUGGGUUAUCGAGGCUCAUCACGUAAAGUUUGUACCGGGUGGUUCUGGCUCCAAGACCUUAAGUUGUAAGAUAGAAUGGAGAUUGAAGCAUCCUGAAGAAGAUUCUGUCUUUACAAAGUACAAUGUGUAUGCAGAGAAUCUGAGUUCGAGUGAUUAUAGACCAAGGAAGGUUAUGAAAGAACCAAGAAGCGAGAAAGUGUUUCUUGGAACAGCUCAUGUUGAUGCUUAUUAUGUCUUUGAUAUGGUCGUUGGAUCAGAUGUUAAGGGAGUCCGAUUCGUGGUUCAAACCUGUGGUGAAGAUGGUUCAUGGCAGGAGUUGGAUGCAUCCCCUAACCUUGUGGUUGAAGUAGAACGUCUUGAGUUCAAAGCUUUGUUGUUGUGGGUUGAUUUGAGUUAUGGUUCAUUUCCGAACUUGCAAUUCCUGCGAUCUAAUAAGAGCAUUGAUGGUGGAAUCACAGACAAUGAAUUCUUUUACUAAAUUAAUGAAAUUUAUAAAAAUGA